UGAGCGCCUACGGUGCUAGCGCUUGACAAUUUGAAGCAUCUGCAUCAACAUUUGAAACUGGCGGCUGCCGCAGAAAAUGUGGAACCUCCACGACACAUCCGAGUCCGCCUCUGCACUCUCUGUGGCUUCAACCCGUUGCUCAUUCCAAUUCAGUAUGUCUCAGUGGCCUCCUGGCAUCCCUUUUCUACUCCGCCACACAGUUCCCCUGCUGCAUAGCUUAUUGCGUUAUUGCCUUCCAAGUAUUGCGACUCCUGUCCACUCACGAAUUGUCUUCGGACAUUGGUGCGUCGCCCGCUCAGCAAAAUGUGCUAGGGUAAUUCUGCCGCCUCGUUGGAUCGGUGAAUCGUUUGGACACCUGGACGUCCUGUCGAGUAUGAUGCAUUCAUUGGAUCAUGGAUAUCCUGGCCUUUGAAGCCAUAGGGAGACUUGGUCUCUGCGAACUCAAUCUCCCGUCAUCAAUGGCAAUGGCUUCAACCUUCUUGGAUUUGAGAUCCCGCUGCUCCUUAGAGAUCCCAGUUCCCUGGCUGCUGCAUUCCUCAUAUUGCACAGAGUCGAGUAACACAGAGGAGUUGCACCUCAUGCCUGUUCCUCGGGCAUUCAAAUUUCAUCAUAUGAUUUAUACGUACCCGCGCAAUUUUCGUGUCAAGGUUCUUACAUCAUUAAUGACAGGCGACUUGAUGCAUCC